CGACGUCGAACAUAUACGAGAUCAAGAACGGGAUGCCGCACCUGUCGUGCACGGCGGAUUCGAUGCGACGAGCAACCCGACGCGUGCAAGAAUUGCACCUCCACCGGUCGGAAAUGCGACUAUGAUCUCCAUCGACUUCCCUGGGGGCGGCAAACCACCCUCCCCGGGGCCAUCACGGUCCAGAGACAUGAGUGGAUUCUAACGUCGGAUGAACAACGCUGCUUUUCGUACUUCCAGCACCGCACCGUGUCCAGUGUAGCGGAGCUGUUCGACUCCCCGCUCUGGGAGAGCCACAUUCUGCGACUGAGCUUCACGGAACCGGCCGUCUGCCAUGCGGUCAACAUGCUGAGUGCGAUCCAGCAAGCCGCGGAGACCAAUCGAAUGCGACUUACCGGGGCACAGUCCGAUGACGAUCACUUGAAAUUCGCGCUGGAGCAGUCGGUGCGGGCAUCAGCCUUGUUGCGCCGCCGGCAGGGAUCCAACGACCCGCAGCUGAUCCACACGGUUCUUAUCUGCUGCCUGUUGUUUGUGAUCGGAGAGCAUAUGCGGGGCAACUUCGACAUUACCAUUGUGCACGCCAAGCACGGGGUGCGCAUUAUGCGAGAAGCACAGUCCCGCGGGCAGAGGAUCGAUCCUGCGCUUGUUGAUUAUUUCCAUCACCUUGACAUGGAAUCCGAUCUCUAUUGCCAAACGGCGCAACAGGGCGAUACCAAACGCGAAGAGCCGGACUGGGUGACGAACGAUCAUCCGAUUGUUAUCCAAAGCGUGGCCGAUGCCCGAGUCGCAUUCAUGCGGAUCAGCAACCAGUCAAUCGGCUUUAUUGGUCACGCCUGGCAAACGCCGAAAGCCAAGAUUCAUGCUGAAUAUGACGCUUUCUGGCUCGCGCGCCAGCGGAUUCUCUCACGGUACCAGCAGUUCACUCGGGCCCUCAACUCGUUCUAUGAGACCCAGGCGCAUACGCUGACCAGCAAAGAACACCGCGCUGUGACUUUGCUGCGUGAGCUGGAGAUCGUCCAGACUCUCUCGUUGAGACUCACGCUACACGACACCAGUGACGCCAGUGACCAGGCCCGGAUUCUCUCGGAUUUUACUACCCUGCUGUCGAGCAGUCUCGCUGUUAUAGGCACCAUCGCCCGCAGCACGACGACCGUUAUCAUCGAACCGCUGGUCAUCGGGGGUCUGCACAUCGUGGCGACCCAGUGUCCGGACUUCACGUUGCGGGUUCAGGCCCUGGAUGCCAUGCGCUCCUGGCCCCACAGUGAGGGGCUGGUCAACUCGGAGGUCUGGGCCGCGCUCGCGACCGAGGCGCUCAGGGCCGACCUUCUGCAGCGGAUAGCCCAGGACGGAGAGAACCGCACCGGGGUAGCGUAUCCGAUGGAGACUGAUCGGUUUCUGGUCGAGGUCUUGCGAUCGAGUCAUACUGCGAAAGACUGGGCGCCUGUUCGUGCUAAGGAUUUG